AGGCUCUGUUGUGAUGGGCAGAUAAGCUGAUAACAGAGGUGGAGUCCUGGGAGAAAGAGACAGUGGAAAACAAAACAAGACUGUCUUUUUAUGUAGGAAAUUUAUUUGUGCUGGAGGACAGAGCAGGCCAUUCUGCUACCCGUAUUCUCGCUUGACUCUGUGCUUCGGCUCUGCUGGCGCACUUUCCUUGGGUCCCAUGAGUGAAUUGGUCUGACCGUCGGCAGAGGACCUCAAACCACAGAGCUCUCCAUCUGGAGGGCGGCAGAGCAGCAGGAAAGGCCAAAGGGAAGCUUGCCGAGCUGCGACAGUGGCCAAAGCAGAAUCUAUCGCCCUGGAUUUCCCAGAGAUGGAGGAGCACGGCUAUGAGCGUUUCGGGGACGGCGAGCGCGAGGCCUACCAGGUGGACUACAGGAGGAUCGUGGGAGACACGGAGCCUGCAAGGCUGCGGCGCUUGUCUCGAGAUGGAGAGCAUCACUUCCACCGUCCACCCCCCCACCUGCACCCCCAUGUGCAUGGGCAUGAGACUGCGGCCCAGCGCUACAGUGCCACCCGCAUCCUGGCCGGCUAUGAGCCUGAGAGCAUGGCGGAUUACUUGAUCAGCGGGGGUACUGGUUAUGUCCCCGAAGAUGGACUCACCGCCCAGCAACUCUUCUCCAUCGGGGACGGCUUGACCUACAACAGAUCAUCUCAGCAGUCUGUUGCUGAUGGACUCACAGCAGAAGAGCUUUGCUCUAAAGAGCGUGGAUUGACCUACAACGAUUUUGUCAUCUUGCCGGGGUUCAUCGACUUCACCUCCGACGAAGUGGACUUGACCUCUGCCCUUACCAGGAAAAUCACACUGAAGACCCCCCUCAUCUCCUCCCCCAUGGACACCGUCACAGAGUCGUCAAUGGCCAUUGCUAUGGCACUCAUGGGUGGGAUUGGGAUCAUACAUCACAACUGCACUCCGGAAUUCCAGUCCAACGAAGUACGGAAAGUCAAGAAAUUUGAGCAGGGCUUCAUCACAGACCCGGUGGUCAUGAGCCCGCGCCACACAGUAGGCGAUGUGUUUGAAGCCAAGAUCCGUCACGGCUUCUCCGGCAUUCCUAUCACCGAGACGGGCAAGAUGGGCAGUAAGCUGGUGGGCAUUGUCACCUCAAGGGACAUUGACUUUCUCACGGAGAAGGACUACAACCGGCCCCUCGAAGAGGCAAUGACCAAGAGGGAAGACUUAGUGGUUGCACCAGCUGGGGUGACCCUGAAGGAGGCUAAUGACAUUCUGCAGAGGAGUAAGAAAGGGAAACUGCCUAUCGUGAAUGACAAUGAUGAACUCGUGGCCAUCAUUGCUCGAACGGACCUGAAGAAAAACCGUGACUACCCACUAGCCUCCAAGGACUCGCGCAAGCAGCUGCUGUGUGGAGCAGCCAUUGGCACUCGUGAGGACGACAAGUACCGCCUGGACCUGCUCGUGCAGGUUGGGGUGGAUGUCGUGGUUCUGGACUCCUCACAAGGCAAUUCAGUUUAUCAGAUUAAUAUGAUCAACUACAUUAAACAGAAGUACCCAGAUCUACAGGUGGUUGGAGGGAAUGUGGUGACCGCAGCACAGGCUAAGAACCUGAUCGAUGCAGGGGUGGAUGCACUCCGGGUGGGAAUGGGCUGUGGGUCCAUCUGCAUCACACAGGAAGUCAUGGCCUGUGGGCGACCCCAGGGGACAUCGGUGUACAAGGUGGCAGAGUAUGCACGCCGUUUUGGUGUCCCGGUCAUUGCAGAUGGGGGCAUCCAGACUGUAGGACAUGUGGUCAAAGCACUUUCCCUGGGAGCAUCUACAGUGAUGAUGGGGUCACUGCUUGCUGCCACCACCGAAGCCCCUGGCGAGUACUUCUUCUCUGACGGUGUGCGGCUGAAAAAAUACCGCGGCAUGGGAUCUCUGGAUGCCAUGGAGAAGAACAGCAGCAGUCAGAAACGUUACUUCAGCGAGGGGGACAAGGUGAAGGUGGCGCAGGGUGUGUCCGGUUCCGUCCAGGACAAGGGCUCCAUCCACAAGUUUGUUCCCUACCUGAUUGCGGGAAUCCAGCAUGGCUGUCAAGAUAUCGGUGCCAAGAGCCUCUCAAUCCUGCGCUCCAUGAUGUACUCUGGAGAGCUCAAGUUUGAGAAGAGGACCAUGUCGGCCCAGGUGGAAGGAGGCGUGCAUGGACUGCACUCAUAUUCAUUUGUGCCAUUUAUGAGAAGCGGCUGUACUGAUGGAGGAGGAGGAGGCAGGACCCACACGCGGACAGCCCCCAGUGUUCCGGCUCCAGCAGUGACCAAUCACAACGGACACAUCUGACGCUCAUACCUUCCUCCCUUUCCUCCCUACACUGCCUGCUGCCCCUUCGCCUACCCCCUGUGACAGACUCAUCUGUGACUGAGGUUGCACACUUGCACUACCAGCCGCCAAGGGUUACCAGGGUUUGACAAACUGCCCAGCCCUCAUCUUCACACACUACUAGCGCUACAGUAAAUGAUUCAGGGGAAGGACAGAGGAGCAGCUCUCCCUCUGUCCUUUCCUAUAGUGUAUUUACAGCCAGUUUCCUCUGGAAGCCUUGCAGAGCUUCCAUGGUCACAGCUGAGGUCGUGUCCAUCUUGAUGCUUUGAGUACAGUGGCAGUGUGUCCCUGCAAGGAUAUGGUUAAAUGUGAAUGGCGUGCACUUUUCUGACUUGAACCAAAACCAAACGUUGUUACAGGAAACGUUGACUGUGUUGCUGUCGAUCUUCUCGGCGCUGUAGUUGUGCAGGGAUUUUUACCGUUGUACUUUUGUUACAGGUCCCAAAAAUGGCGCUGCGUGGUAAUCAAGGACAGGCAGCUUUCAGGCCGGGACGCGCUGCUCCGAACUUUGACGCCGUUUGCCAGGCCAUUUGCUUCGCUGCCAUGAAUAUAGUUGGGACCAAAAGCUAACCAAGCUAGCCUUAAUUCAGGGAUUCGCUCUACCAGAGAGCCUUAUCGGUUACAGUGAGGGUGUUAGGGUUGAGUUAGGGUUACGGUUAGGUUCGGGUUUGGGUCAGGUUGUGUUUGCUGUUGGCUCUACCGUGCUGAGAAGCCCAGGCUGGAACCUCAUUGCUUUCAUGCAAUGUAUAAUAAAAAAAAAUUUUAAAAAAUCCACACUCAAAUAAAAAUUGGCAGUUGGUGCUAUUUACUCAAAUGACCUUUUUUCUUAGCUCUCCCUGUCUCAUUUGUUCAAAAACAGCUGCUGUUCCUGCCCACAUUCAGUGAUGUGCUACCUGACCAUAUGUCCUACAUAUCUUCAUUUUAAUAAUGCAGCCAGAGUAAAAUCGUGUGAAAUAGUUGUGAAAUGUUUUGACAGGAAAUCUGUACGACACAGGAUUGCUCUAUAUAAUGAGGUUCUUACCUUUGUUUUGAAAUAAAUACACAUAAAUCAUUGGACCCAUGCUAUUCAUAGACCUUAGUUUAAAUAGCAUCAGUUUUAUUCUGGGAUAUUUUAUAUAGUAUAGAUUCCUAGUUAAAUGCUACAUGCAGGAACAUCUAACAUAAAACUUGUAAUGCAAUAUUUUUUGGAUGAUGAUAUAAUGGUAUAUUUUAAUUGGAGGAAGGAGAAUGAUGGUUUGAUUUCACAGUGGGCAAUGUAGAGCAGACAUUUCCUGUCAUUGCUGGCUCGCAUUAUACAUUUAUUGCUUCUGUAUUUUUAAUUUAAUAAGACCAAUGGCUGACACCUACAAUGGUGUAUUGCUUGAUGAAGCUGGUUUCCCAUCUCCUCAAGAUGUGCUUCCUCUCACUCAUCUCUACCUGCUCAGAAAGUAGCGUCCAAAACAACUAUAACCAACGUUGAAAUAACACUAAUUUUUGUCAUGGUUCACUGUUAUGCUCAUUGUUAGAUUUUAUGCUCAAAAUCAGUGUGAAACCAAAGCAGGAGAAAAUAAGAUGCUGGAUUUAGGGUUAAAUAAUACUUGACUUUGUAGAUAUUCUCUGCCUGUGGCUUGUAGAUGGAGGCAGAGAUCUGGUGAAGGAGAUGCUGAACUUUGCUCUUGCUUCUUCUCUGACUGGUCCAGUGUCCCAGGUGUUGGCUACGUCCACAUGGACAGCUCUUGUACACUUGGCACACAUCAGCACAGUGCGGUGUAUGUUCCGUGUUGCUCCAAUUUGGUUAUGACAUGGGAUAUGUAAAGCUUUAAACUUGCUCAUG